CUAUUGAUUACUAAACUACUUUAUCGCUGAGUAUGUUUUGACUCUAUAUAAAAAUCGGAAAGCGAACUACAAAAUUUUGAGUUUUUAUUAUAGUCCGACAUAUUUUUUGAAGUCAAUACAAUGUCUAAAACAAUUGUUGUUUUAGCUUUAGUUUGCUGUAUUGUAGUACAUGUCCAAUGUGAAUCAAUUAUCUAUUGUCCAGAUCCUGCAAAUCCAGGAUACCUGCAGUUUGAGGAACAAAUAACAUCAUCUUUUCCUACCACUAUUCCUGUACACUUUCCUUCGAGUGGUACUGAAUUAGAAAUUUCGUGUUUAUUGAUAGAUUGCGGUGAUAAUGUCACAGCGAAGAUAACUGCAGGAAUUGGAUUUCAGGUUACAGUAGAUGAAUUGGUUUUUGAAUCAUGGGAACCAUCAACCUGUAAAAUACAAAUUUAUACUUCACAUGCAGAUCUUACAUCUGCUUAAAUUACACUACAAAAAAAAUAUUUUAAUAACAAAUUAUCACAUUUCAUUUACCAUUUUCAAAUUUAUCAAUUUAAAUUUAUUAAAAAUGAAUAACCAUUUUCAAUUUAUUAAUUUAUGAAAUGUAGGCACCAAUGGGCUUAUUUGUCGAGCUACUUUGUGUACAUGAAAAAAUAAAUAAAUUAGUAAACUAUGAAGUAUUGUUCAAUUGUUUUUAUUUUGUUCAUCUCAAUUUGAUCCUCAUCCUGAAAGUAUGACUUUCCGCACUAGUUAAAUUUUUUUUGGAAUGUUCAUUUAAAGAUGGAGUUACUACAAAUAAAAUGGUAUUUUUGGAUGGUAAAAUGAUUGUGAAAAGCAAUAGUUUUAAGUAUCUAGGAUCGGUAUUACAGAGUAAUGGAGAAAUAGAUGAAGAUGCAUGCAGUAGAAUUAGGGCUGGAUGGAUGAAGUGGAAAGAAGCGAGUGGUGUGUUGUGUGACAGAAAAAUUCCAAUGAAGUUGAAGGGAAAAUUCUAUAAAACAGCCAUAAGACCGGCUAUGAUGCACGGAACUGAAUGUUGGGCAGUGAAAAAGAAAGAGGAACAACGAAUGCAUGUGGCGGAAAUGAGAACGCUUAGAUGGAUGAGUGGAGUGACAAAGAAGGAUAAAAUUAGAAAUGAGUAUAUUACGGAAAGUCUAGGUUUGGCACCAAUUGAUGCCAAAAUGAGAGACCAUAGGUUAAGAUGGUUUGGUCAUGUUCAACGUCGAGACGUUAAUCACCCAAUACGAAGAAAAGCUGAAGUGCAGAUUCAUGGAAGGAGUAGGAGAGGAAGACCAAAGAAGCCCUGGGGGGAGACGAUAGGGCAGGACAUGUUGGUAAAGGGGGUUAACAUUGAUAUGACCCAAGAUAGAAUUGUGUGGAGAAUUGCAAUUAGGGAAGCCGACCCCGCAUAGGGAUAAGGCAAAGAGAAUGAUGAAUGUUUAAUUUUUUUUACUAUUUUCAAAUUUAAUAAUUUAAAAUUAUUAAUGUGUUUUUCUGAAGCUAUUUCCUUGUGGCAUUUUUAUGAUUAAUUAUU